CCAUGGCAACCAGCCGGGCCUGCUUAGAGGCCCGCUUGCCGCCGCCGCCGCCGCCGCCGCCGCCGCCGCCGUGUCCGCCCCGCCCGCGCCUAGGCCGCCCGCGCCGCGCCCUCUCCCGAGACCCCAGCCCCGGGUCGCUCGUGCUCCGGUCGGAGGCCGCUUCUGCCCGACCCCCCACCCCGGCCGCCCCGGCCUGACCUGACCGGGAAGCAGUUCCGGCGGGCCGCCGCCGCUGUGACUCAUCGGCCUGCCCGCAUCCCCCGAUCGGGCCAUCUUGGUCGCGGCCGGCGGGGCAGACGGAGCCGCGGAGGGAGCCGCGGAGACCCAGGACCGAGAACAAGUCCACCCUCCCGUGCAGCGGGCCGUGGCCGUGCGAGGGCGGCGAUCGAGGAGCCACAUCCGGAGCUGGGGAGUCCCCAAGGGCCUGCACCCCCUGCCCGACCCGGGCUGUGCUCGUCGCUCCGUCUGCCCUGCCUCCUUGUGUGGUCUUCUUAGCCUCGCCGCCGAGGCUUGAACCCCACCCUUUCCCUGGUUUCCACCCAAAUUUAGCGUCACAGGUUCUCAGGUUCAGGGUUACCCAGACCCCUUCUCGCACUUGGUCGGUCUCAGCCUUUGGCUGACCUCUGGGCAGCAUGGUCCAGCCCCAGACAUCCAAAGCCGAAACCCCCGCCUCGGCGGCGUCUACCAAUGCCCAGAUGGAUGAUGUCAUCGACACGCUGACCUCCCUGCGUCUCACCAACUCUGCGCUGAGGCGGGAGGCCUCUACCCUGCGGGCCGAGAAGGCCAACCUCACCAACAUGCUGGAGAGCGUGAUGGCUGAGCUGACCUUGCUACGCACCAGGGCCCGCAUUCCGGGGGCGCUGCAGAUCACCCCUCCCAUCUCGGCCAUUGCCUCCAGCGGGACCCGGCCGAUGACCACGCCUCCAACCUCUCUGCCCGAGCCCUUCUCGGGCGACCCGGGCCAGCUGGCGGGGUUCUUGAUGCAGAUGGACAGAUUCAUGAUCUUCCAGGCCUCCCGCUUCCCAGGUGAGGCCGAGCGCGUGGCGUUCCUCGUGUCGCGGCUCACCGGCGAGGCGGAGAAGUGGGCGAUCCCGCACAUGCAACCGGACAGCCCUUUGCGGAACAACUAUCAGGGCUUCCUGGCCGAGUUGCGGAGAACCUACAAGUCUCCGCUGCGGCACGCCCGGCGCGCCCAAAUCCGGAAGACUUCGGCCUCCAAUCGAGCGGUGCGGGAACGGCAGACGCUCUGCCGCCAGCUGGCCGCCACGGGCGCAGCGCCCUGCCCCGUGCACCCGGCCUCCAACGGGACCAGUCCCGCUCCAGCCCUGCCCACGCGAGCUCGGAACCUUUAGGAAUCGGCCACCCCCCGGGUCGCGUCUGCAGCCACCCCGGUGGCAUACCCCGUUUGCUGCGUAGAAGAAAUGACCACACUUAACAGCAUCGCCCUCGUUGGAAGACGCCCCUUCCUGCCUCUCCAGACCUCUCCCCUAAGGACCUCUCCCUCCAUCACUCCUGGGCGCCUCCGGACCCACCUUGCUUCCCGGUGUUUCGUGCUAGCUUUGGACCCAUCCUGCAUGUCCCCGCCUCGUGCUUGCAAUUCCAGCUCUUCUAGUGGCCCACAGCUCUGCUCCCAGGUCUCGCUGACCCCACAGUCUGCUUCAGGCCCUCUGGGCCGACCUUUCCCAGCACAGCUGCUCCCGCUCCACCCUCUGCAGGUCCCGAGGCAGCUCCCUGAAACCUCGUCCCCCUGUUCUCCAGGAUGAGCUCACCGAUGACAGAAAGAAGCCACUGUGGCCAGGCUGGUGGCUUGAUGGCGGUACCCGGAGAGGAAGUCUGGCUUCCCGCCUGUAGGUCAUUGCCAGCCCCGCCAGAGCUCAGUGGAGCAGGCAGGGGCCAAGCGAUCACGGCUGGGAUGUAAUUCCAGCAUUCCUGGGGGGCAGGCUGUACCCUGCACGUGACUUUGCCGGCCGGGCACCCCAUUGUUGCCACUGGGGAAGUGAUUGUGCAGCCUUGGGGGAGGCCCCCCGGGGGUGCGGCUUCAUCCAUGCUGACUUUGGUGGCUAGUGCUCUGAUGGCCCCGGGAAUGUGGGGGAAUCUGGAACUGGCCCGCUAAGAAGGUCAUUAUGACUUGGGGUCACUCCAGGCAGCCCAUCGGAGUCCAUCCCUGCCUGAGCCCCAGCAGGCUGGAGGGUGGGCUCCAGAGGCUCGCUUUGGUGCCCUGGCCCCCGGUGGCACUCAGCCGUAAUGUGCAGUGCUCCCUUCUCCUUGCCCCACAUCACCUGGUGGUGGGUCUAGCUUGGAAUCUGUUCUAUCUCCUUUCAGGGGACACGUGGCCUUCACCUUGGCCCCUUCGGCUACACACGUCGUCUCUAGGCCUCCAUGUGGCAUGCCCUCCCCAGGCCUGGGCUGUCCAUCACAUGUCUAGCUUUUGUCCAAGAAAACAUGGGCUUAGAGCUGGGGACCCCCCCCCCCCGCCGCGCCUCAAGGAUGCAUCACGAAGUCCUUAAGGUCAGGGGGUCUCUGUCUGCCUCUGGCAGCCCCAGCCAGGGCCUCGCUGGCAUCCUUGAAGGACAAGAGCUGCGGACGGCCUCGGCCCUCAUGCGGUGACCGCAGAGCUGGGGCUCAGGUCCUUGUGAGGAUGGAGCUGUGCCUCUUAGCGGCGGGUGGCUGGCACUUCCGCUUGGGGGGAGGGAUGCCCAGAGUCACUUUCUGAGACGCGGCCGAGCCCUUUGGACUGUGAUGCCCCCGCCAUAUUUCAAGGCCAAAUGAACCGCACCGCACGGCCGCCGGGACUGGGGGGGAUGGGCUGUCUCACCCCGGGUUCUUCCGCCUCUGUUCUCGCCGGUCCCAGCCUGACUGCCGGGGGAGCUGCCUCUGCACCCACCCAAAGACCUGUGUCUUGGGAUCCCCAGAGCGCCCAUCCCCUCUUCCUGAGAGUUUUGAUGAUGCUGGGGAAAGUGACUGCAUCCCCGAAGCAGCCUCUGAAGCAAGGUCACGGAUGCUCUGUGGUUGCGGGGGUUCGUGGGCACUGCCACCCACUCGUCAUAAACUGUUAGCCCAGUUGCCCUGCGGAACAACUGCCUGAAAACAGGCUUCAGGCUCCCCCCCUGGGUUGCAGCCACGGCUGUUCAGGCGGGACCAUGGUGCUCUUUAGGUGUAAGGCUGGGGAGGGUGCCCAGUGGGGCCACUCUUAGGGGCUGGGGCCUCUGGCGGAGGGGGCAGAUGACUGGCACGUGCUGCUCAGUUCUGUCCUGUCUGCCCGCCAGGUAGAGGUGCCCUCAGGGGAAGGGUACAGUGACCCCGGAGAAAAGAAACCUGCGAGGGUAACUGACACCCUCCCUGCAGGCUUCCCACGUGGCCCAGCCUGGCUAGGGGAGGAGACCCAGCACACUGGCCCCUGGGUCUCUUCGAGGGGCGUUUGGAAGUCCUACUGUGCUUGCAUUUGCGCUGCAUUUUCCAGCUGUGCCGCUGCCCGUGGCCAGAGCCCGAUCCCCUGGCGGAGGCUGCCCACGCCGCCUGUCCGCAUGCGUGACCCAGCCCCCUGCCCUUGGGUUGCGCGUGGCCCGGGCUGCUGCUCCAGCUCCAUUUGCCUUGGCGAUUUGGUGCCUGUCGGUGCUUGCGGCUGCCCGCUGGGGACUGGUGCUGUUGACACCGCUGUCUGCUCGCUUCGCUCCCUGCAGCCUUGGAAACCGGAGGAGACUGGAGGCUCGGGGUUCCCCCCACAUUGGGUGUGGACGAAGCCCCCUGGGCGCUCUAGCGGAAGACACCCUGGUCCCCAGCGCAAGAGGAUGAGACCCAAGCACCGGGCAGCCCAGAGCGAGACCACGUGACUGGGAGGCUCGACUGGAGAAGGUGGUGGGGGAGGGGAGCUGCUUUGUACAUACUUCUCUAAAUACAAAAGAACAGGUAUUGAGUUUCCAAAGGGACAGGCAGUAGUGUUAAGCCAUGCAUGUGAAGGAAAGUUGUAUGUUUUUCAUGGUGUUGACAUAAUUUGGACUGUCUCGUGACUCCUGGUCUGUGCGGUACCCCGUCUGGUAAGUAGGCGUCGUGGCGCAGGAGCGCAUCAGAUCAGAUUUAGAUGCAGGGGUGACUUCCUGGCCUAAAGUAUGGUGUAACUUUGGGAUUACCUCCAUGUCCUAGAGCUUCCCGGUGGUCCUAGGAAGAAGCGUAGACCCGUCUGGUGGGUCCCAGGUGAGCGCACCAUGAGUGCGGAGUGACGGGGGUGCAGGAGGCCUGUGGCGGUGCAGGUAAGACUUUCCUGAUGCACAAGCUGCUGUUGUCUAGAGGGACAGAGCCAACCACCUGCUGGACCCCAGUCCUGGCAGCUCCGCCUCCGGGAGAAUGAACAGAUGUGGGGAGAGGUUAUCUUAAGGGAGCGGAAGCCCUGUGGCCGCGGUAGAGGACACACAUGGGGGCAAGUACUGGGAUGGGGGGGCGGAGUUUGGGGGGGAGAGGAGAGAGCUUUGCAGGUGUCUCCAGUGUCUUGCAGCCGGAGCUGUAGGACAGACCCCUUCCACUCAGGAAGCCUUCGAUUGGGGGCGUGGAGGUAACACCACAGGAUUGGACACUGGAGAAGGUGGAGCCGAGGGUGGGGCAGCCGCAGAAGCUUGCGGGGUAGGGAGGAGGUUGGGGUCAGGACGGUUCCGUCACCCAGUGCGUGUGAGCAGAGCUGAGGACUCUGGUUGAGCCUCCGGGUCCCGACGUCGGGUGUGGUGGCUGGUGCAGCAGAGGCGGUGGGGGUGACGCCUCGCUGGAACAUCACUCACUCCUCUCCCUAAACAAGCAACAGUGCACCUGUUCUUUUCAUAAUCAAAGCCAACCUACACAUCAUAGACAUUUUGGAAAAUAAAGUAAUAGAAAGCAAAAAGUGAAAUUUUAACCUUUGGUGUCUCCUUCCUGUCUCCCUCCUCCCCCAAUCAUGGUUUCUCUGCUUUUUGUUUUAACACGAUGGUGGUACUACCUUCCCUAACGAUGCCCUGUUGUGUGGCUGUUUUCCCUCUGCAUUAUGGCUACUUAUCCCCGUGUUACUAACUUUAUUUUGAAAAGGCUCCGUAUCCUCCGUCAACUCGUGCCAAUGCUUGGUCACCAAUGCUGUUACUAAUUUUUCACCAUCAGAAAUUGAUGAUAUCUGUCCAUAAAGCUUUUCCCAGUGUCACGUUACGUCCUUAGGAUAGAUUCUCAGAGGCGGAAUGGCUGGAUUAAAGAAUGUGAAAGCCUUUGAGGCUCCCAUCACGUAUGGACAAAUUGUUCCCGGAAAUGUUUGUAUCCAUUUCCGCCGCCACCAGCAAGGAUACACAUGUCCGUUUACCAUCGGGCCGGCACUGAGUAUUCUAUUCUGGCUGAAUAUUUGCUACUCUGAUCAUGGGAAAAUUGCAUUGCAUUUUAGUUUGCCUUUUUCUUUCUUUUUUUUUUUUUUUGGUUUCUACCAAAGUAGAACAUCUUUUCAUGUUAAGCAGUUGUAUUUCUUUUGUGGAUUGUCAGUGUCCUUUUCUGGGGUCUGAGAAAUUUGUAUGAGCUUGUUCUAUAUUAAAGAUAUUAACCUGUCCUGUGUUA